UAGCCCGUUAUUAUUUUAGAGACGUUCUAAUUGGCUGACGCGUGGUCCCCUUGAGCGGCUCGCCCAAUCGGAAUCUCCUUGGCGCGCUUCCGGUUUUUGUUCAAAUGUAUCAACGUGAACACGAACAGACAACAGAAUCGCACGAGAGCGAGAAAUACAUCAAAUAAACGCACAAUUGUGCAACUUUGCAUCGUAAACUCACGUGGUUUGACGCAUAUUAAGGAGAUUUCUGCUGGAAAUAUAUCAUGGCAGAGUGUGAUGCUGAAUGGGAGCUGUGUAAAGAAAAUAUCCAGCCUUUGAGACAAGGCCGGUCCGUAUCAGCCCUGCACCAGGCUCUGUGUCAGCAGCAGGAGGGAAACCACACCGCCCUUAACCAGCAGAAGCAAGCGUUUGAGUCUGAGCUGCGGCUGUAUGAUGGAGACGAUCCUCUAGAUGUUUGGGUCAGGUACAUCAAAUGGAUGGACGAAGAAGUAUUAUCAGGGUGGUGGGGAGGGUAGUAUUCUGUGCUUGUUUAUUGAGAGGUUAGUUGCUUCACAGCCGACAAGAAAUAUCACAAUGACGUUCGCUACGUCGAGCUCUGGAUCGAGUUUGCGGAGGGCUGUUCCGACCCGAUGGACGUCUACCGCUACAUGCAAGCGCAAGGCAUCGGAACCAUGCAAGCCGCGCUUUACAUCGCCUGGUCUGAGGAGUACGAGAAGAGAGGGAACAUAAAGAUGGCUGACGGCGUGUUUCAGGACGGAGUCAAGUGUGGAGCAGAACCUGUGGAGAAACUACAUGCAUUUCACAGAGCUUUGCAGGCACGAGCGUGCAGACAGAUGAUGUCAUCCAUCACAGAUCAACAGAGAGAUGAUGAUGAAGAUGAUGAUGGAGAUGAAGGACCCGCAGAGCCUCAGCGAGCCUCCCUGGCCGAGCUCAAAGCCAAAGGGAAGAAGAAGGCUGUGGUUCCCAUCAACAGAGUGAAAGCAUCAGUCGGAUAUGCUCGCGGGCUCCAGUUUAAACAGCCGCUGGGGCCACGACAGAACAGUCGGCUGGUGAUUUUUGACGAGAAUAAAGCUUCUGAAACUGAGCCGCAGGAGCCCAGAUUUGAGAUCUGGACGGCGCCACCUACCGCCCGAGCCAAAGAGAACGAACAGAAGCCUGAGAAGUGGACCAACGUGAAGAUGCCUCUGAAGUCCAGAUCGGGCCUCAGCGUCGCCGUUCCUCCUCCUAAACCCAGCUUCCAGCCGUUUGUGGAAGAGGACGUCCAGCCUCCCGCUGUGACUCCGUGUAAGAUCAACCCGGCGGUGAACUCGGUGCUGUCGUCCAGGAAGCCCUGCAGGCCGGAGCAGACGCCGCUGAAGAUGCUGCAGGAGCGGAUGCAGCUCCAGACGCAGGAGGACGGGAAGAGCCGAGAGCAGAGCAUGUACUGCAGAGAGCUGCUGUACAGCGGAGCCAGCGAGUUCUGCUUCGAGGAGCUGCGCGCCGAGCGCUACCGACAGAAACACGCUCACAGACUACUGACCAAACCUGAGCAAACCCAUGCAAACUGAAGAUUCUUAGAUGCAUCUCAGAUGUCUGAAAGAGUAGGCAGCUCACUGUCAUUGUUGUGUAUAACCAUUCCUGUGUUUUUGUACAUACUUUUUAUUUUGUAUAUACAUUUUUUUUUUGUAACGCCACAGAUUUUCUUUUUUUUUUUGUAUGUUGCAAGAGGAGCAUUUAUGAAUAGACAUUAUAUCGUCAUUUGGUUGUAUGCGGUAAUUAAUGCUUCAAUAAAUGCAUCUGGUUCCAUAAUAUUAAACUGCUUUUGUAGUUUGA